GAGUGAGAGAGAAGGAGGGAGGCGGCGCGAGACGGCGAGCGCGCGGCCUCUUGUUGGGCCGCCGCCGGCGUCAACAAGGAGCGUCUCCUGAAUUCUCCCCAAAGCGGUGUUUGGCUGUAAUUCCCCCCCACUAAAUCCAGGUUAAGUUUUGUACACUACCAAUUGAUAAAAAAAUGGAUCGCUAUGGGAUGUUGAUUCAACUUAAAGAGACCGAUGAGGGCAAGUGUCAGUUUCCCUUGGAAUCGAGAUCCUUUUUAUUUGGAAGGAACCAAAAAUGUGAUCUAAACAUUGUGGCCCCUAAUGUGGCAGGAGAGCACUGCAAGCUGGAAGUAAAUGAAAACAAUGAAGUGAUUUUAAGAAACUUAGCUUGUGCUGCCCCUGCGUUGCUGAACGGGAAGCCAGUAUCUGAUGCUGAACUUGUGGAAGCUGGUGAUGUGAUUACAAUUUUUAACCAUUCCUUCAGGUUUGAUUCUCGAGAAUCUGCAAGUGUCAUUGCAAUGUCCGGCACAGAGGAAACCGCUCAGGAGCGUUUUGUGUCAGAAGAACUCAAGUGGUCAAGGAAGGCAAGGAGGAAUAUAGCUGGUAAAAGGAAGUCUCGAGUUUCUCCUUUAUGUGAAAUAACUCUGUCGUCCGUUGAAAACCUGGAUCAGAAGGUUAAGCCCCAACCUCAGUUUUCUUCAAGUCAGCAGUUGCAAGACGAUGGAUUGUAUGAAGUGCCCACGUUAGAAGGAAAGAUGAAUAAGCAGCUUGAGGAUUUCGUGGAGUGUAGGUCCAGACUAGAUGUCCAUCAGGAAACAUCUGAUGAGAUGUCCGAGAGUACAAGAGGGGACACCACAAGAGGAGCCUUGUUGGACCUGGAGUUCCAAUCUAGAAAAGUAACUCAAGCAGAUCCAUUGCUACACAAAUCUAUUAGUCCAGAAAAUAAAGAUAUACCAGUGCGUGGAGCCUGUGGUGAUGGCAACGACCAGAGUUUCCUAAUGUUAACUGAUUGCAGCGUGACUCCUUGCAAGCCCUUUUCUAACAAUGUUCGCGGAAGUGAAGGCCAAGAGCUUUUUGUAAAAAAGGACAAGGAAGAAUUCAGCGGGCCUGCAAACCAAUUGCAAGUCCCAGCAGAAAUGUCAAACCCCAAACCAGGAGGAAAACAGAAAACGAGGUUCUCGCGCCGAGCAUCUUCCGUUGGAGCCCGAGGGUCUCCAGAAACCAAUAGCCUUAUCUGCCACAUUGCCAGGCAAAGGAUGCAAGCUCAGGAAUCAAAGAGGAUUUUGCUGCUUAAGAGCAUGAUGGAGGAGGCCUAUAAGGGGUCACUUCAAGCUGAAGAGGAAGAGAAAACGCCAGCUCCAGAUGUCUCUGUUGGAGAUUCGAAAGAAACUGGCACGCCUCCUAUCACUCCGUGUGCCAGUGACCCACCUCCAAAGAAAAAGGUGACCUUUGGAGACGAACUGACUCCUGAAUUGUUUGAUAAGAGGUUGCCGUCGAACACGCCUUUACGCAAAGGAGGGACCCCAGUUCAGAGGAAGACUGUCUUCAGUGACAGUCCUCGUUCUGUUUUGAAGCGGGGGUCGAAGAUGGGACCCAUCACGGAAUAUAGAACGAACAGCUGCAAAGUUAUACACAGCGGCUAUGAGCCUCCUUUCAGUCCUGAGAUCAAUUGUGGAAGUGCUGAAUCCCUUGAACAACUGGCAAAGAUGGCAGAUAACCUGGAUAAUGAUGUUAAAAGACCUGUCGAUGAAGGAGAAGGCUGUCAACUACGCCUCAAUUUUAAUUGCUUAUCUCCACUGGAACACAGCUUAGGAUCAGAGGAGCUACAGGAUUGUCUUAAAAACCACGCAUAUCAAGAGCAACUGGGGGACACUGCUGAAAUGUGUGAAGCCCUAAAACAGAACCAAGGGCCAAUGGAAGCUGAUAGUAUAUCUGGGUUCACAAAGCUACCUGAACCUUUGAUAGACAUUGAUGCUAUUUAUACCAACAAGAUGAUCUCUGAGGUAGUUGACCAAGUUGCAAAUUUCUAUAAGGUUCGUAAACCGCGGAAAAGGAGAACAAUGCAAGGCAACUGUAAAGCUCGGAAUCUUUCUGCAAAGAUUUCCCAAAGGAAGGGGAAUUGCAAAGAGAGAGCUGGCAGGCAGGCCUCAAAUAAAAAGUCUAAGCCUGGUGGGGAAUCCAUUACUGGAGAGAAGUCUUUGAUUCCCAUACUGUCUGUCGGUGACCAGCAGAGAGCCAGUAGGUUUGCUAUACACCCUAGUCUUCAGGAUGUGCUGGAGGAAACUGAAAGAAAUGAAGACAAAAUAAUCCUCUUCGAACAAGUGGAUACGACAGUGAAACUGAGCCCUGUUUCAGAGUUUACAGCAGAGAAAAUCCCAGGUCGGGAACGUAAACGAUCUGAGACCGCAGAGCUACCUCGCAGGUCUUCUCGAGUCCGAAACAAUGCCAAGAAAGAUGGUGAUCCAUCUCAAACCCCAGCCAAGGGCAAACGUGGAAGAAAAGUCAAAGUGUCACUUUAUGGAAGACGUGAAUAUGCGUCAAAGAAACCGCUGUUGAGUCCGAUCGCAGAGGUUUUCGAUGAAUUGCCGGAGUUGGGUGAUUUAACGGCUUCUGUUUCACCCACAGAGAACGCCCUUAACUGGAGUACCAGUGCACCUAAUAUUACAGAUGAUAUCCCAGAGGAAAGUGAACAAGACCUCUCUGCAACAGGCUUGCCAGCUAACGGUUGUGCUGUUCAACAUAACGUUACUGAGCGUUUUGGAAAGAAGGGCCAAAUUAGAAGGACUAUUAUAUUCUGCAGUGAGGAGCAACAGGUUGAUCUGCCACCUCUGAAAUCUGAAACUCUGGAGGAAGUUGUUAAUAUUGUUAAGUCACCUUUAUCUGAAGAUUCGGAAAAUACCACAGCUCCGAUGCAUGAUACAGAACCACAUCAGAGUUCGGCCAUUGGGGAAAUUGUUGACGAUGAGCAAAAGGUAACCGUGAGUUAUGUCACGAGGAAAAGAGGCCAAAGGGGGAAUCUCGUUGUGGUAAACUGUGGCUCAGAAGAGACUGCUGACGAAGGACAAGUGAUGUCUGCAGGAGUAAUGGGACUGGUGGAAAUUGUUACUGACUCAACAAAUCAAACUGCUGCUCCCAGCCCGACCUGUCCUCUCCUUCUCCCUGAGUCGAAUGUGCUUGAAGAUCUGAACAAGCAAGUCCAAGAUGUAGCAGGUGAAACGCAACAACCAGCUCUUGUCCUGCCAGCUGAGGCGCUGAUAGUUGUCGUUUCACCAGCAGCAGCAAUGAAGGAAGAAAUUAGUUUGUCACCUCCGAAGGCUCGAAAGGUCCUUCAAACCAGAAAGGGUCGUCGAAGGAGAAAAUUAUUUGCCCUAACGGAAAUCGCUUGUGAAGAACAGCCAGAUGAGACAGCUGAAAGGUACCUGACUGAAGCGAACGGCAAUAAUAAGGUGGAGAAGAGGAGAACUAAGGGGAGAUUAUCAGCAUGCAGAGUGAUCGACGAACACGAUGUGGCUGACAUUGACAGAGCUCGAGGUAUAACUAGCUUCAGAAUCCCAUUUAAUGCCGCCGAACAAGACUAUUCUGUAGAAAGAGUUGAUACCGAUAUAUUUGUGGCUGCUGGCCAGCUUACAACUGAAGAUUUUGACAGUGGUUCACGCGAGGCGUCAAGGCUUAGGAACAGGAAAAAAGUCAGGCGUAGCGGCAGGCUAAGUAUGUCCUUAAACACGGAGGGAUUAACCUGGAUAGAAUCCUCCAUCCCUGAACAGGCGGAAAAAUACACAAGUCCGAGGUCAAAAGCAACGCUUAGAAAGUUACAACAAAAGUCAUUGUCACAUGCAAACGAUGGUGAAGUGCGGUCUGGAGGUUUGACACUCGGCGGAGGGUAUCUGCCGUGCAAUGGAAGUGGGUUUGAGGUGGCAUUCGAUGGGGCUGAGGAACCUCCUCUGAAAAGCAUUUUAUUGGAUUAAAGUUUCACAAUAACUCAUAAUAGGGGCUGAAGUGACAAGCGCAGGAAUUUUGAAUAAAUAAAUACUUCGCAGAGGCAUUGAUUAGAAACGUGACAACUUCUGGAAGAUGGUACAGAGCCUGGGCGCUUUCCAGCUGUUCACAUUGACCUGCCGCCGUGGUCUUGUCAAGGUAUAAAGCGUCCUGCAAACCUCUUAGGAUCUGUCGGCAAAACAAAAGUAGUUUGAAUUGAAUUUGUUACUUCAUCCUUUGUAUAUUAUCUUUAGAGGAGUAUUUUCACUGCACAACUUCAUACCACUUGUCUGUUUAGAGUUACCAACUUUUAUCCCCCUACUUUCAUCAUUUGAGAAGAAAAGAAAACAACUGUGACUGAGUUGAUAUAAAAUAAAAUGUGCAUUAAAUU